AAAGAACCGUUGGAAGAUCUUUGAAUCCACAUUCAAACGAAAAACCUCUAAUCCAUGUCGAGAGAGGACCAAACGAGAAUUGUCUCCCGUUCAAGAGAGGAAGGCAAUUACUCUGGAACGUUGCAGAUGUACAAAUCAAUUAGUUCAAGAGCAAUUGGAAGAGAUAAGCUACGAUUGUUAUUACAGCCUGGUUUGUUCAGUGCGAGGCUAGAUAUGAGUUUGAGGUUGUUGGGACUACAUUGUUAUCCUGGUGAAGAUGACCUUGCGAUUGCACGAUCAGUUCUCAUGUACUUAUUAUCUAUGGGUAACAUGAAAGAUGCAAAUUUUAUGAUGGAUGAGAUUAAGAGACAAAAACUCCCGAGCUUUCAGAAUCAGACCUUAUCCACUUUAUCUCAUAUCUUCUAGAAACGUUGCAGAGGGAUGCAUUGCCUCUUUUCAAUAUGUUGAGAGUAAAAUUACCAUUGCUUAGCGAGCACCGUGUGAUCACUGAAUGGUUCAGAGUAACUUGCAUUGGUGUGCUUUGUGUCAAGAUGAUUUUUGAUGCAAUGAAACUCAAAAAGCAAGAGGCAUCCAAAACUCAGAAAUAAAGAUAUAUUAAAAAAAAAAUCUACAAAAUGAAAUUCAAGAAGCAAGAGACACCGAGAGAAGAAAAAUUAAAAAGAAAGAUAUGUUUCUUAUUCUCUAUUUUUAUUUUUUUUAUUUCUUUGCAUUAAAACUUAAAUUAGUUUUAAAUCGAUAUAAUUUAUAUUAGUUGUGAAACUAACCGGACAUAGUAUCCAGCCAUUUGAAUUCAUUUGGUCGUUAGAGAUUACUUAUGUUCAAUUUGUUUUCAUAACUAAUAUAGAUCAAUCAAUUUUUUAUUAGAAAAAAGAAAAAUAAUAAAUAAUAACACUAAAUAAAAUUUGAAUCUAACUUAAUGUUGUUUUUUGUAUUGUUUCAGGUUAAAAUAUUUUUCGUAAAAUAUGAAACUCAAAAGGGAAAAAAUAUCGAAAGAAAAAGAUAUGUUUUUUAUUAUAUUUAUUUAUAUUAAAAUAUAGAUUAGUUUAAAAUCGAUAUAGCUUAUAUUAGUUGUAAAACUAACCGGACUUGAUAUCCCGCCAUUUGAAUUCAUUUUGUCAACUUUGUUUUCAUAACUAAUGUAGAUUCAAUCAACUUUUUAUUUUAUUAGAUUAGAAAAUAGUAAUAAUAAUAAGAAAUUUGUAUAUAAGUCAUGUUUUUUAAUUGUUUCAGGUUAAAGAUUUUUCAUCAAUCACAUGCGCAAAAAAAGUUACCAUCAUUCUUUUAAGAUUUUGAAAUUAUAUUUAUUUUAUUUAUUUAUUUUAGGUUUUAAUUUUUGUUUGUAAUUAUUUGUUUUUUCUAUAUUUGAAUUCAAAAUUUCAAUGCAAUAAUUUGACAUUAAUUUAAUAAAUACAUCACAACUAUAUAUAUAUAUCUGUGUUCUUGUUGUCAUUAAUUUAUAUCUCUUUUAUCUUUUUAAAAAAAAAAUAUAUCAGCUUUGAAAAUUUGACAUUAUUGCGAAAAAAGGGUGUAGCCGUUAAAAGAAAUACUAAACGAUGCCGUUAGUCGGGGUAAACAACUCUGUUAACGUCAAACGAGGCCGUAGAACAUUCCACUCCAACAAAAUCAGAACUUUUACUUUUUCUUCUUCUCUGUUUGUGCCGUGAGCUGAACCUUCUCUGGUGCAGUGAUUGUGUCACCAUAGAAUCAGACUGAAUCAAAACUGAAAUCCCGAAGUCGCAAAAUUCAACGCCGUCCAUUGCUGCCGAUUGAAGUUUGUUGCAGCUCUCGCGACGAACUCGACGCCGUAUGCUCUUCCUUAUCAACACUUCCUUACAUCUCCUUAGCUGCUUUGUACAGCGAUCUAGCAGAGAGAGACCGAACUUUGGUUUUAGAGAAAUUCCGGCAAGCAACAAUUAGCUGGAACCAACAAGGUUUGGAAAAGAGUGUAACUGGAGAAGAAAAAGAGAAAUCUCAUUUGGUCGUUGUAAGCGAUGUUUGUCUUCCGUUGCUUUCAUCUGGAGAAUCCUCUCUUUCCGCACAAAGAAGGAGACAUAUACAAGGCGUAUAACAACUUGCUUAGCUUCAGGUGGGAUUGUCAUAAACAUGGUUGUUGGAGGCGAAGUAACGACGCUCAAAAGCCUCGAAGAAAGCAGCGGCAUUAUCAUCGCAGAGAUGCCAAUCAAUAUUUCUGAAAUCUUAUACAACCACGAAUGGAUUUAGCUCCUACGAUCUGAAGAAUACCGUCUAAGAGGGGUUGAUGGCUCUUAAGCUUCUCUAGAGAAAUCAUUAGUGUGUUUUAAGCCAGAGAAGCUGUCUCUCUGCUGUAUUUUGAGUUUGAUCACUUUUGUCUUAAACGCUGCGUUUUGACCGUUUUAUUUUAAGCCAAAGAAUCUCUGUCUUAAACGCUGCAUUUCAACAUCGUUUUGACACUUUUGUCUUAAACGUUGCGUUUUGAAAAAUCGUCACUUUUGCCGUAAA